AUGAUGUCUCUUGUCCCCACGCGGAAGAGGAGAGAUAUCCACAACCCCGCGUUGGCCUCCCGUGACAAGGACAAGGUUCGCCUCAUUGAGAAGUCUACGGAACACCUACUCAAUGCGUCCGCAAAGCCUCAAGUGCGCACCAGUCUACCAGCCAGCCGGACCUUCAAGACCCUUCGCCGGGGGAGCAUCAAGAUCUUCUCAAUCUUCCGCAAUGGCAAAAAUUCCACCCCAGGAUCCAGACACGCUGCAUCUGGUGACAGUGGCUCAGCUUUGAGAGCAUCAGAGAGCACGCAACGCGCCGCAACUGCCACAACCUCCGAUACCUAUACUGAAAGCACCCUACACUGUCCUAGCCUACCUAGUAUUUCCGCUGUCCUACCGGGUCUCACUCUACAUCAAAGAGGCUCGUCCUCUCUACAGCUUACCAAUUUCGACGGAGAGUCGGAGCCAAUCCUCAGCAGCCGAAGCCCUCUCCCCACGGCUUUGCAUAGAAGCCGAUCAACACCUGGACUAUCCCGACAGCUGACAUCCAAGUUCUCAAACGCUCUCCUACACAACGCUACAGUCAUACACAGGCCUAAGAAAAGCUCCCGGCCAACGAUCCGAUCGGGAGACUUUGAACGGCACCCUAGUGAGCAACCUGCUGUGACAGUCACGUCACCGCAGCCUCCCAUGUCGGAUGUAUCGUCUCUUCCAUCGAGCUUUCUAGGUAGCAGUAACGCUCCGUUAAGUCAGUCGACCGUACCCACCUCGCUUCUAUCUUCAGGUGCGCCCAUAUCCGCCGAGACAACACAUCGAGUGCACAAUGAAUCUCGCCACAUCUCUACAGGCUGUUCUCCUCCGCUAUGUGAGCCAGCUACUGAGCAGAUGCCCCCUCAUUUUCUUGUCUUUCCUCGUCAAGAUGCACCUCGACUAUCUGAGCCCUCUGUCGCCACCAUCGAGAGAGCUGCUGCAGCCAAGGUAUUCUUCGAGUCGCAUUUCAAUCAGCUCCUUGCGACCAAAGUUUCACCACGUUCUAUGCGUCGCCGCAAAGUAGAGCACAAGCUCUUUGCUCUGGCUUUACCCAACGACCAACGUCAUCUGAAACGGCGCGAAUAG